CGGAAAUGACGUACAUGUAUGUUUUACGCGCGAAAAAUAUGACGUCACAUCCAUGUCUCGUUGUCCAUGACCGUUGAGGAAACCAUUAGAGAUUGAAGUACCUGAAAUAUUUUUCUCAAGACGUCGUCUGAUUGAUGAUGAAAUCGCACAGAGCCGUUCCCAGCAGAAUUUAUGACGAAGACCGCAUCAUCAUCGGCAACUUCUCUCCGCCUCAGGCCCGGCGACGUCACAGAGCGACGAGGCCGCGCGUUGGCGACGUGGCUGACGUCACGCCCAAGAAGAUGGAAGUCCAGGACAGCCGUCUGUACUGCGAGGACGCGAACGACAGCGUCAGUGAACAGCUGAUGCUCAGCAUCGACCCGAAAACCCACGACGAUGACUCUCCCAGCUCGCCAACAUCUGCAGACGAGAGUAGGACUGGGCCGUCUGCCACUCAGCAGAAAGGACAAACCGCCUUGCAGCCGAACCGUCACAAAGAGUCAUCCAGAACAUCGCAAUGCAAAGCAGCGCUGAAAGAGUCAGGGGUGGGAGACUCUCACGUGACGAAACGAUCCAGAACGCAACAGCGGCCACGCACGGCGACGUCUGCCAGGCAGAACUCCAACAACAGCUCCGACAACAAAUAUAACCUGAGAAAUCGUCAGGACGCGAAAACCAGACCUGGGGUGAACUCGAAUCAGAACCACCGUAACGACGCGGUCCCGCCCAAGAAGUACCGACUUCCCCUCCUGGACAGUGUGGUCAAACAGAAACCCGUGCACAACAGACCGCAAGCAUCGGUGAAGACUUCGUCAGGGAAGAUGGCCAGGCUGCAGGUGAAGGUCACCACAGACGCGAGCGAGAGUGAAAAGGAUCGGAGUGACGCCAGAGGGAAGAUUCCGCCGGUGUCGGGUAACGGGGACAUAAUUCGCAGCACAACGUCUGUCCGUUCGCGUCGAUCCUCCAGUAUAAGCAUCAGUAGGGGAGACCGUCCGGUAACAUGUGAAGACUGUGAGCAAACGAGUUUCUUGAGGGAAGAUCUCAAAAUGUCGCAAGAGCGCCUGCGCAAAGAAAUCGAAUUUGGAAGCGAGGCUAUGAAGCAUAUAACGAGGAUCCACGAAACGAUAAUUCGCCUCCAGAAACAAGUAGAAUCGGGAUGUGAUUGCAAGAAGCAGUUCGACGUGACACGGAAGCGCCUCCUGGCGGACAUCCAGGAGAGGAAAAAGCAGGUUGCGUCCCUUGAGACCGAGUUGCAGCUGGUGAAGUACAACCUGAAACAGGAGCAGGUCGAAAACGUGGACCUCAAGGCUAAAGUACUCCACCUGAAGGCAGACGUGAAGAAUAUCAGGUCCGUCAAGAAGGCGCUCGAGGCUAGACUAGAGGCGGACAAGUUGAUGAAGUCUGUAGAGAAAAUGCCGGACUCUGCCGUGACUGGCCGCCUGCUGGUCGGGUUGAGGAACAAACAGUCGGUCAUGUUGGACCAUAUCGACGCCGAGAUGGCCGCCGCCGAACAACUCAGGGCAGAACUCGAACGCCAAGACCAGCAAUUAGCGCAGUGCUUUCAGGAGAAGAAAACGUUCCUGCGCGAACAAGACGCUCUGCGCGAACAGAUCACCCAGCUCAAGAAGGAGAAGGAGUUCUUGUUACAAGAUUUUGAGGAUAUGAAGGUAAAAUUUGACGAGAAGGUCAAGGACGUUAACAAGUCAAAGAAUGUCUACGACUUGAAGAUUCAGAAUCUGACCUUCCAGCAGGCGAGGUCAGAGCUGGACACCACGGCCCUCCAACACCAGCUUAAGCGGGUCAACGAUGAGCUGGCCAAAGUGAGAAACGAGCUGAAGGCGAAGGACUCGGAGCUGGCCGAGACUCGCCGAUCUCUUCAGGAAAUGCCGGAUUUUCACGAUAUUUCACGAAGAGAUGAUAACUUAAACUCGGAUCACACGAGAUAUUUUUCUGGAACUUAUUAACUGAAAAAACCGAAGAGCUUUAUAAUUAGAGCAAUACUUAUUAACUAUUAAUCUGCAUAUACAUUGAUUUUUGUAUGUGUAUGUCCCGUGUUUAUUUGUAUUAAAAACACAAAGGUGUAUUUUAUAAUA